GGCAAUAUAAAGCGCAUGAUCUUCCAUAGUCAGAACACUGCUUCAUCAACGCCACAGACACUUCAGAUUCAACAUGCAACCCCUCAUCUUCUUGGCAUGCAUUGUUGGAGUGGCCCUCGGUGCUCCGCAAGCAAUAUACUACGAGUUAGAGUACAAGCCUGUCCACGUGGCUCCGCAGGGUGCCGCUGCUGCCCCGGCUGCCCCCGUCGCCGCUCCUGUCGAGCUGGAGAUACUUCUGGCAGCUCAGAAUCGUGCUGGAGCUCCUGCCCUCCCUGCUCGUGGCUUCAUCAAACACGAGAUUCCCCAGCCUGCAGGCCGUGAGAGCAUUGAAGUUCUCUACCCAUUUGACUUUGCCCCCGCUGCCCCAGCCGUUCCUGUUGCUCCAGCUGUUCCUGUAGCACCAGCUGUUCCUGCAGCUCCUGUUGUCCAGCCUUCUCCUCCCAGGAGCGAUGAUGAUGAUGAUGACCAUGAUGACUAAAACAGGUGAAUCACCUAAACCGCUAUGACCAUGGACUGAAGAGCUGACCCACGGAUUCAUAAUGUAAAAGAACUGAGGCAUUAAGGUGCACCCAGAUUGGUGUACAGUGCUUUGGCUUGAUGCAUGAGAGCCAUUUCAGGUUGUUUAAGCUACGUUAAUGAUGUGUUUUGCCGCAUUAUUGAUUUGAGGAUGAUUAAAAAUAAACUGUCAAAUCAG